CGCGUAUACUGGACUGAUACUUGAGUCGUCGCUCCUCCAUUGUUGUCGAACUCCACUUCCUCCCUCUGCUCCAUCCUGUUCAGUGUUGUCAUAGUUUAAUCGCUCCUCCUCUCUCUCUCUCCCUCUCUCUCUCUCUCUAUACACACGCGCCUGUGGAAUUAUGGAUAUACAGUGAGUGAUCCACUGGUCCCUCAGCAAUGGAUAAGCUAAUGGAGCCCUUCGAUGUUCCGGCGAAAAACGCAUCACACGAGGCGUUGGAGAGGUGGAGGUCGGCUGUCACGAUCGUUUUGAACCGAAGAAGAAGGUUCCGUAUGGUCGCCGAUCUUGCCAAGCGCAGUGAAGCCCAAAGCAAGAUUCGCAAAAUCCAGGAUCAGGUCCUCAUUCCUCAAGUUUCCUGUUUUAUCCUCAUCUUCUAUGCUUUUCCGUGUGCCUCAAUUGGCCUCAGGCGAGGUGACUUCACCGAGGAUGAUCUACGACUUGUCUUUAAUGCUUAUAAGGUAGCAUUCAGGUUUCUUGAUGCUGUUGGACAAAGUGAAAGCAAGCUGGCACAAGGGACUAGAGAAGCAAGCUCUGAAGAUGAGCUUUUGGAAGAGGUUGGGAGAGCAGCUUUGGAAGAUGUGCUCUCGGAUGAAGCCAGAGAAGCUGGCUUUAACAUUCACCCAGAUAAACUUGCAUCUAUCGUCCGUAACCAUGAAAUCAAGUCCUUGAGAUUACUCAGAGGAGUUGAAGGGCUUGCAAGCAGAGUAAAAGUCUCGUUGAAUGAAGGAGUCAAAACAAGUGAUGUGAGCAUCAGGCAGAAGAUAUAUGGCUUUAACAAAUAUACUGAGAAACCUUCUAGAAGUUUUUGGAUGUUUGUGUGGGAUGCUUUGCAAGAUUUAACUCUUGUUAUCCUCAUGGUUUGUGCUGUGGUUUCAAUAGGUGUGGGACUUGCCACUGAAGGAUGGCCAAACGGCAUGUAUGAUGGGUUGGGAAUCGUAAUUAGUAUAUUCUUGGUAGUCAUUGUUACAGCAGUCAGUGACUACAAGCAAUCCUUGCAAUUUAAGGACUUGGAUAAGGAGAAGAAGAAGAUAUUCAUUCAGGUCACUAGGGAUAAACAUAGACAAAAGAUCUCCAUAUACGACCUGGUCAUUGGAGAUGUUGUUCAUUUAGCCACAGGAGACAAAGUUCCAGCUGAUGGGAUAUUUAUAUCAGGAUACAGCUUGUCGGUGGAUGAGUCAAGUUUGUCAGGCGAGAGUGAGCCAGUAAAUAUAGAUGAAAAAAAACCUUUUCUUCUCGCAGGAACCACAGUGCAAAAUGGAUCAGGUAAGAUGCUGGUAACGGCUGUUGGUAUGAGAACGGAAUGGGGUAAGUUGAUGGAGACUCUAAAUGAGAGUGGAGAAGACGAAACGCCACUGCAGGUGAAGCUGAAUGGUGUUGCUACAAUCAUUGGUAAGAUUGGAUUGGGUUUUGCUGUGCUGACAUUUGUUGUGCUGACAGUAAGAUUCUUGGUGGAGAAAGCACUUCACCAUAAGUUUACAGAUUGGUCUUCCAGUGAUGCCCUGACACUUUUGAACUACUUUGCUACUGCAGUAACUAUAAUUGUUGUUGCAGUUCCAGAGGGACUACCACUGGCAGUGACACUGAGCCUCGCUUUUGCAAUGAAAAAAAUGAUGAAUGAGAAGGCACUCGUAAGGCAUCUCUCUGCAUGUGAGACAAUGGGUUCUGCUACUUGCAUUUGCACGGAUAAGACAGGGACACUGACGACAAACCAUAUGGUUGUUGAUAAGUUCUGGAUAUGUGGGAAGUCUAAAAGGGUAAAAGGUGGGGAGCGUGGAGAUAUAUUGAAUUCAGAAACAUCGGAAAAGUUUAUAAACAUCCUCUUCCAAGCAAUAUUUCAAAAUACAAGUUCUGAGGUGGUCACAGAUAAAGAUGGAAAGAAAUCCAUUUUGGGUACAGCCACGGAGUCAGCAUUGCUAGAAUAUGGCUUGCUUCUGGGUGGUGAUUUUUAUGUGCAUCACCAGGAGAAUAUGAUUCUGAAGGUUGAACCUUUCUGUUCAGACAAGAAAAAGAUGUCUGUUCUAGUGUCUCUUCCAGAAGGUGGGUUCCGAGCCUUUUGCAAAGGUGCAUCAGAGAUUAUUUUAAGAAUGUGUGACAAGGUCGUUGAUACCAAUGGGGAACCUCUACAUAUGUCAGAGGAACAAACAAAAAAUAUCAGUAAUGUCAUCGAUGGUUUUGCCUGUGAAGCUUUGAGAACCCUUUGCUUGGCCUUUAAGGAUUUUGACUACUGUCCAAAUGAUAAUAGCAUCCCUAAUAGCGGCUACACAUUGAUAGCAGUGGUUGGAAUUAAGGACCCAGUUCGUUCAGAGGUUAAGGAUGCAGUUCAAACUUGUUUAGCAGCAGGAAUUACUGUGCGUAUGGUCACUGGUGACAAUAUUAACACAGCUAAAGCCAUCGCUAAAGAAUGUGGAAUACUUACUGAAGAUGGUUUGGCCAUAGAAGGACCAGAAUUUCGCAGCAAAACGCUUGAGGACUUGAAGGAUAUAAUACCUAGAAUUAAGGUAUUAGCACGGUCUUCACCUAUGGACAAGCACACCUUGGUAACCCACCUGAAGAAUAUGUUCAAAGAAGUUGUUGCAGUUACUGGUGAUGGCACUAAUGAUGCUCUUGCUCUGCAUGAAGCAGACAUUGGACUUGCUAUGGGUAUAGCAGGAACAGAGGUUGCAAAAGAAAGUGCUGAUGUCAUUAUACUGGAUGACAAUUUUACAACCAUAGUGAAUGUAGCUAAAUGGGGACGUACAAUAUAUAUCAACAUUCAGAAGUUUGUGCAGUUCCAGUUAACUGUCAAUGUUGUCGCACUAAUGAUCAAUUUUCUUUCUGCAUGCAUCUCAGGUGAGUUGGUCAAUAUCGCUCUAAUGAUCAAUUUUCUUUCUGCAUGCAUAUUGGGAUCUGGACUCCUUACGGUUGUGCAGUUGCUAUGGGUCAACCUGAUUAUGGACACACUAGGUGCAUUGGCACUGGCUACGGAACCGCCAAAUGAGGGACUGAUGGAUAGGCCUCCUGUUAGGAGAGAUGUGAGUUUUAUUACCAAGGCCAUGUGGAGAAAUAUUAUUGGUCAUAGUGUUUAUCAACUGGCUGUCCUUUUAGUUCUUAAUUACAAUGGGAAGCAACUUUUGAGACUUACAGGAUCAGAUGCUACAGCCAUUCUCAAGACUUUCAUAUUCAACGCCUUUGUCUUUUGUCAGGUGUUCAACGAAAUAAACAGCCGUGAGAUUGAGAAGAUAAACAUUCUUCGUGGUAUGUUCGAUAGCUGGAUAUUCGUAGGUGUCAUGGUUUCCACAGUAAUAUUCCAAGUAAUAAUAGUCCAGUUCCUGGGAACUUUUGCUAGCACUGUACCGUUAAGCUGGGAAAUGUGGUUACUCAGCAUUUUGAUAGGAGCAGUGAGCAUGCCUGUUGCAAUUGUUUUGAAGUGCAUCCCAGUUGAAAGAGAGAAUGCUAAGCACCAUAAUGGGUAUGAUCUACUCCCCAGUGGUCCAGAACUUGCUUGAAAAAGGGGAGAAGGCAAUACAGAAUAGGUAUUAUCAAGUUCAAAACCCUAGAAAGUUCAAAGUGAUCUGUCAAAUUUUGUCGAUGAAGGGCAGCAUAAAAGUUCUUCAAAAAAUAGGAAAAAUGAAAUUAAGAUGAAAUAAAUAAAGGUGGAGACAGAAGACAUGUAGCUAAUGCAAGAUAUAACCUUCUAAUCUCUAACAUGACCAUCUAAUCUCUAGAAUGUAGUUAGUUGCUAUUUGAAUAUUUAGGUAUUCUUCAUAGUCUCUCUCUUUUCUCACUGCUGAAACACGCCAUCAUGGAUCUUUGUAGAAAGUAUUUUUGUAGAAAAUACUUUGUACAAUGAUCCAUGAUGACCUGUUUGAUCUCUGAGAAAAGACAUAAACUAUGAAGAAUGACUUGAAUGUCGUGUUGGUACAAAGAAAACUCCGAUCACUAGUCUUUCUGGGUUGUUUUCUCUUCCUAUGUUGGAAUGUCAAGUUAAUGUUGUACACUGUUUCGUUGCAUUUAAACGACAAUAUCUCAAUUUCUCAACCAGUAAAUUUGUUAGAACUUUUGUCUCCCCCUUUUUUUUGUUUUCCCCCUCAAUUCAAGAAUACUUUCCAUGCUUUCUAGAAUGUAAUUGUCUCCUCUACGGUGAGAAACUAUUGUAGUUGUCGACUGUUUUACUUUAUUUUAACCGACUUCUACACCCAUUUUUGUUCCUUAUUUGCAAUUUUAUCGGUUCAUAAUUUGUAUGUAGAGCUGGAAAAUGUGAUACAAGUGCAAUCUUUCCUGUUUCUCUUUUUGUUUUCUAGCUUUUGUAAUAGUAUAUUAUGAUACAUGAUGAUCAGUGUAU